AUGGCAGACAUAAUGUGCCGGGAUGCAAAGUUACAGAUAGGUAACCGUCGCACGAAAUACCCGUGGCAUGUAUUGAUAGUAUGUGUGACCAUCAACUGUCUGUUAGGGAUUGGACUGGUCAGGUUGGAGUUUGAGACGGACACCGAAACCCUUUAUACACCACAAAACAGCCAGUCCAAGGCGGAUCGAGCAACAGUGGAGUCCAUUUUUACUGAAGACAAGUCCGGCACGAACUUCUACGGAAAAAGCAUUACGAAAGAAAACAAUGACAAUACAACCCUCGGUCUGGUGAACGUUUGUGCCUUACGGAGCAGUAACUGUGUCGUUGGAGGGGACGUUGUUUUCAGUACGGCCUUCCGAAAAGCCAUGUCAUCAAACACCAUAAGUUACCCACUGUUCAAUUAUGAAUAUCUUAGUGGAACAUUCGGAGAUGCACAAUCAUCAGGAGGCUACCUCACUUCGGCUAAGAUGGUGAGACUGUUUUUCUAUCUUCGACAGGACACUGUUACGACAUCCGAACUAUCAUCGGCCUGGGAAGGGCAGUUUAUACAGACAUUUGGUACUUUCUUCUCCUCGUCAAUGGAUAUCGCUUAUUCAACGUCAAGAUCUUUAGACGAAGAAUUGGAUAAAAACGUGAACGGAGAUGUCCUGUUCUUCGCCCUUACUUUCAUAAUGAUGUUGACUUACGCUGGAUUCGCCACUUCCGGUGGAAACUGUGUUUCAGACAGACAAAAUUUGGGUCGUGCAGGUGUUUUCGCAACGUGCUUUGCAAUCAUUGGAUCAUUCGGCCUAAUGGGUGUCAUUGGUGUCAAGUUUGUCAGUAUUGUCGGAACGCUUCCUUUUCUAAUCAUAGGUAUUGGGCUGGACGAUAUGUUUAUUCUUAUGUCCUGCCUGGCGGACUGCUCAGUAAAAUCAUCGAUAGAAGAAAAGAUGAAGGAAACGAUGCGUACAGGGGGCGUGGCUAUCACCAUAACAUCAAUCACCGAUUUUUUAGCAUUCGCCAUUGGUGCAUCAGCUUCUUUCCUCAGCGUGCGGAACUUCUGUUUUUACGCAGGCACCACUGUCAUAUUCUGCUACCUCAAUCAGCUGGCCUUUUUUGUGCCAUGUAUGGUGAUCAAUGAGCGCCGAAUGAACCGAAACUAUCACUGCGGGACGUGUCGUCCAAUAAAACCUCGCGAGGAGUUACGGACGGAAGGAAAAUCCAUUUGUUAUACCUUCUGUUGUGGCGGACAGCUACCCAAGACCAGAAGAGACAAUGAAAGUCCAUUAGAAAAAUAUCCUAAGCUCUUUUUUCAGUAUGUAUUUAGAAAUCCAGUCGCAAAGGUUGUGAUAAUAAUGGGUUUUAUUGCUUAUAUCGGGGCAGCUGUUUACGGAAUUAUGAAUUUUAAACGGGGCUUGCUUAUGAGUAACAUAGUUGCUCAAGAAUCAUAUUUCUAUAAGCACAGUAAAAUCAUUGAGGGUCAUUUUACUACAGAGGUCACAAUAGGAUUUACCGUUACAUCAACACAGAACUAUUCAGAUGCUACUACUCAAAAUCGUGUUUCAAACCUGUUGUCGAACGCCUUGGCUGAUGUUGAUAUCAAUCCAAGUGUCACGUCAAACUGGCUGGCGGACUACAAGGGCUCCAUGUUUUACAGUAAUGUAAGUGAGACAAGCUUCAUAGCCGGCCUGAAAACAUUCCUUAAAUUCCGGACAGACCACGCUAAUGAUGUGGUCUUCAGCAGUGCUGAGACGAGCAUUGUCGGUGCUAGGUUUUUUAUUUUGUCAAAAGAUCUACCUGAAUCUGAACAACAAGGAAACAUCAUGCUCCGGAUGCGUGAUGUAGCGGACAAUUCUCUUUUACCAGUUGUUUGUUUUUCCUGGCCGUUUGUGUUUUUCGAUGAGUACGCUUCCGUUUUCCAAAUAACAUUCACAACAGUCGGAGUAGCAAUAGCCGCCAUGUUUGUGGUUACCGUGUUGUUUAUGCCACAUCCUUUACUUGUCGCGUGCGUGACCGUUACCAUGGUAAUGAUAUGCGCGGGUAUGUUUGGGUUCAUGUAUUAUUGGGACCUCACAUUGAGUGCUAUUACUAUGAUAGAUAUUGUGAUGAGUAUAGGUUUUUCUGUCGAUUUCAGUACGCAUAUUUGUCAUGCAUACAUAUCUGUAAAUGGCGCCUCGCGAAAUGAACGAGUACAUAAUGCUUUGAAUCGGUCGGGAGGACCAAUAAUCAACGCCGCCAUCUCCUCAAUUAUGGGGAUACUUAUCCUUCCGAAGGAUUUGUCUGCCAAUGGUACCGUUUCUACACACUUAUGA